AUGCUUAGACUUAUUAGAUUACCUAAAAGAUUACCUAUUAGACCAGUAUUGAGGUCUGUUAGGUAUAUCAGUGCUCAACCUAGUGAACAUGAAACUAAGAUUUCAGAUACUUCAGAUCCAAAUAGAAGUAAAUUCUUCCAAUAUUCUUGGGGUACUUGGUUGAAAAAUGACAAAAUCGAAAAGGCUAAAAGACAAACCAAAUUCUCUAUUGAAGGAUCAACUACUUUGAUUAAGGAAUUACAAAAUCAAUUCUCCACCAGUGAAAACUCAGAUGAUAAAAAAUUCAUCUUGAAAAAACCAACAACCUUAAAUGAUGGUUCAAUCUUAUUAUCUAAUAAUUUGGAUUUGAUUGGUGAAGGGGAAUUAAGAGUUAAAACUAUUUCAAGUAUUCACGAAGGUAAACAUCAUAGAGUUUAUAAAUUGACUUUAUCCAAUGAUAAAGAAUUAGUGUUAAGAAUUCCUUAUAAAUUAGAAAGUGAUUAUGGUAUUAGUAAUAAAAUCAAAAGUGAAGUUGCAACAUUAGAUUUCCUUAGAUUGAAAUUAGAUUUGAACGUUCCAAGAGUAUUAAGUUAUGGAACUGAUAAGUCAAAUGCCUUACAAUCUCCAUAUAUCUUAAUGGAAUUCAUUCCUGGGGAUUUAUUGAUGAAACAAUGGGAACCUUUGAUUCCUGAUGAAAUGCCAGAGUCUAAAGAAAAAUUAUUAGAUGUCAUUAAACCAAUUUCACAAUUUCAAUCCAAAGUUAAUUCUAUCACUUUCAAUAAGUUUGGUUCUUUAUAUUUCACUGAUGAUGUUGAAGGAAGCUUACAAAUCGAUUUACCUUAUGAAGGUGAGACUGAUGAAAUUUUACAGAAUAGAUGGAGAAUUGGUCCUUCAGUAGAGAAAUGUUUCUUAAAGAAUAAAAACAAAUUGACCGAUCAACAAGUCAAUAAAUUCAAUGGUCCAUGGUCAAAAGAUCAACCAGAACAAUUAAUUGUUGAUGUUGCUAAUAUUGAAUUAGAAAACUUGAGAACCAGAUUAGGACGUAAAUCUACUGAUUCGAGUCAUAAAGUUGAAAAUGAAUAUUUAUUAAAAGAAGCCAUUGAAACUUUUGAAAAUUUAAAAAUCAUGGCUCCUUUACUAAUCAAUAAAUCAAGUGAAAACAUUCCAAAUGUUGGAGAAUUAUUCAAACCAAGAUUAUAUUUACCAGACUUAGAUCCUUUAAAUGUUAUCACUUCAAACCAUAACAAAAAUUUCUUCUUAGAUUUCGAAUAUUCAACUAUUAAACCAUUCAUUUUCACUUCAUAUCCUCAAUUCAUUAAUUAUUCAGGAUUUAAAAUCUAUGAUUUAGAACAAGACGUUGAGAAUUAUAAUGAAUUAGAUGAUGUGGAAAAGGAACAAUACAAAUAUAUGUAUUACAGAACUAGAGAUGAAAGAUUAUGGGAAAUUGAAUUAAACAAUAACAAUCAUGAAUUAAUUGCCAUUGCUUCACCUCAUAUUAAGAUGUUGAAAUCUCCAUAUAUUCAAUCAUUAGACUACAAAAAUGAUAGAGAUUAUCUUUAUGUUGAAGGAUCUAUUAUUCAAAUCAGAGGUGUUUGGGAAGCUUACGUUACCAAUAAAUUAAGUAAUUCAGAAGAUAUUGAAUUCCCAAUCAAAUAUUCAGAUGAUUUCUUGAUGGAAUUUCAAUCAAAGAUUCAAGAAUAUCAAGCAGAAAUUUCUUCAGCUCCUUUUGCUGCCACUGAUGGUUGGGUACCUCAAGAUAUGUUUGAUCAAUUGAAUGAACAAGGUCUUAUCAUUGAAGAUAAAGAUGGAUACGUUUUCAAUACCGAAAAGAUUCUUGAAGAUGGCCCAAAGAACUAA